CUUUGGGCAAUCGUAAACAAUGCUGGUAUCUUUUCAACUUAUGGUCCUGACGACUGGUGCUCAAUGGACGUUUACAAGUUGUCACUUGAGGUCAACACAUUGGGACACAUCAGAGUCACGAAGGCGUUCAAGCCACUUCUGAAGCAGUCCAAAGGUCGCAUCGUUACAGCGACAAGUAUUGCUGGGCGUAUUGCACUCCCAUAUGCGGCUCCUUAUUCCGUCGCGAAAUUCGCUUGUGAAGCUUACAUGGACUGUGUCAGACAAGAAGUGCAACCGUGGGGAGUAACGGUGUCGAUCGUUGAGCCGGGUGUCUUCAAAACGCCCAUAGUGGAUCGGUCAGGCAUGAAGAAUCGCAUUGAAGGCGUUUGGUCGAAAAUGACUGACGAACAGAAGGCGGAGUAUGGCGAAGACUUCAAGAACUACUGUGCGUUACUUAUGCAAAUUCGCAAAUUUUCGAUCAAUACAAAUAGGACUCAUCAUCUUGGAAAUCGUUGA